AUGAUUGCCAUCCAAUUUGCCCGCCCUACCAUCCGCCAUUUCUCGGUGCACCGUCCGCGCCCCGACACUCGCACUUCCCGCUUCAUCACCAGUUCCUGCCUCUUCUCGGCGGUAGUUCUUCCCUUCAUACCUCCGGCGCUGGAAAGCUCUCGGGAAAAGAGCAAAGGCUAUCCCACCCACAACAAGCCACACCCCCCACUCUGCUUCCAUGCCCGCUAG